CUGGAUGCAGAUGCUCUAAAUAAAGGCAUUAGACUUCUCCAGCCAACUCUCCUCAAACCUGCUCCUCCCCCCCUGCUUGCUUGCUUCACCGCUCGCCUCUCCGGCUCUUCUCUUGAUCCAUAUAAUCAAGGAUCAGCACCUCUCGAAACCUGCAGGUCUUGGAUCUUUAGUUUGUGCAUGCAGGACAAUAAAAUGGGUGGCAAGUCUAGCAAAUAUGACAACAAUCUGGUGCACGACAAUAAAAUGGGUGAUGAGUCUAGCAAAUAUGACAACAAUCUGGUGCAGGACAAUAAAAUGAGUGGCGAGUCUAGCAAAUAUGACAACAAUCUGGUGCAGGACAAUAAAACGGAUGGCGAGUCUAGCAAAUAUGACAACGAUCCGGACAGGAUGUUAUGCGACCAAACAUCACCACCAGCAAAGUUACCAUUUCAGUAUCUGAAAACGAUCACAAACAACUUCUCUGAUACAUAUGCUAUCGGGAGGGGUGGUUCGGGUGUGGUAUACAAGGGAAGGAUGAGUAAUGGAGAAUUCGUUGCUGUGAAGAAACUUCAACUGUCAUUGCCGAGCUUUCAGAAGCAGUUUGAGAAUGAGGUGUGUCAUCUGAUGUACCUUAAUCACCCGAAUAUAGUGCGACUUCGAGGGUACUGCUACGAAACACAGAAUGUAUUUGUAGAGCACAAUGGGAAUUUCGUCUGUGCGGAGAUGUCAGAAAGGCUGCUUUGCUUGCAAUAUUAUCCUAAGGGAAGCCUUGCUGGUUAUAUUUCAGAUGAAUCUUCUGGACUUGAGUGGGACACCCGGUAUAACAUAAUUGUCGGUAUUAUCUAUGGUUUAAAGUACCUUCAUGAGGAAAAAGUUAAGCCCGUGCUCCAUAUGGACCUAAAGCCGGCCAACAUAUUGCUGGAUGAUGCUAUGAAGCCAAAGAUUACAGACUUCGGUCUUUCAAGACUACUCGAUCAACAGCAAACUUUAAGCACUUCAAGUCGUGAUGGAACACUGGGUUACAUGGCACCAGAAUACCUACAUGCAGGUACGGUCACAGCUAAAUCAGACAUAUUCAGUUUGGGUGUAAUAAUUUUGGAGGUAAUAACAGGACACAAGGACUACCCAGAUGUUACAAGAACAUCCUCCGAGAGAUUUGUGGAGCUUACCCUUGAUAAAUGGAGGUCGAGAAAUCCAUUGAACAAAUCACCAGGCUAUAUACCGAAAAUAAGAAGAUGCAUUGAGAUAGGUCUAGCAUGUGUGAAUCUUGAGCGGAAGGGAAGGCCAUCAACAGGCGAGCUUAUCAAGUUGCUACAAGGAAGAAUGACGCUAGACGAGAUUGCAGCGUCUAGAAUGGAAGCAACCUGUUCCCAGCCGGACCUAACUGCCAUCCAUGAGAUUCUAGAGAGGGAGGGAUACAAACCAGAUGAAGGGCCUCCAACUGAGCUAUCUUUCCAGAUGUGGACAAACCAAAUGCGAGAGACGUUGAUCCCCAAAAAAAAGGGUGAUGCUGCAUUCCGAGCUGGAGACUUUCAGGUAGCAUUGGACAAUUUUACUGAGUUUAUUGAUAAUGGGGCAAUUAUUUCACCGGUUGUUUAUGCCAGACGUAGCUUGUGCUACCUUAUGUCUGACCAACCUGAUGCUGCCCUUCAAGACUUGAAGAUAGUAAAGGGCAUCUUUGAGGAAUGCAUUGAGAAAUGGCCCACGGCACUCUACAUAGAGGAAGUUGCGGUUUCAAUGCUAGUCAAUCAGAGGCAUCGUAGCGCAACCGAAAUGUUGAAUGAGGCGUCGCACCUCGAAGAGGAGAGGCGUGGGAAUGAAACUUUCAGCUUUCAGACCAAUGAGGGAUUUACAUUCCCAAAAUUGAGCCAAUAGUGCUUAGACGUUUUUGUAGUUCAAUUUGAACUAGAAAAACGUCUUAUACUUUGGUAUGGAGGGAGUAGCGUCCUAUGCGAGUAGAGUAUCACACUUUUGGGAAUGGACUCUUUGAUGCCACGGUCGUUGCAGUGCGAACAGUUAACGCUGUAGCCGGCCUGAAAACAUUUGUUUCUGAAGAGAGAUUUGGCCUAUCGCACCGAAGGGUGUGGUGAACGAGGGCCUUGCGGCAGGGAACAGCGCCUCUAAUGCCGUCGCUACCAGUGAGGUGGGCGGCUCUGCCGCUGUCGUGACCGGGGGCGGCACAAUCCCUCUCCGACAAGAUCUACUUCGCCGGCCGCCCAAGCGGCAGCGCCCUCGCCGAUCAGAAGCUGUAUGACGGGCCAAGGGUGGGCUCUGUUGAGCGCGCUGCCAAGCGCAAGGCAGCCGGCAGCUCAUCUGAUGGCGGGGCGCGGCGCCGCCCUGGCACCUCUGCCACUGGGAAGAAGAAGGCCAAGCUGCAGCACGUGUCCGAGCUCCUCGGGCUCCCUCUCCAAAAGACGCCUAUGCCGCUCAACUGGGGCAAGGUUAAGCAGAUCGCGCGCUGCUGUGAUCUGAAUGUCGACGCCAUCCUCGAAGCGGUCUCUCGGAGCUCUUCGUCACUCCAGCACAUGAUAGAUGGUGCCGAGCAGACCAUUCCCUCCUGAAGUCGCUUGUACCCUGCAUGCUUAUGAGCCCAGCUUGGUUAUCCUUUU